AUCUCGUGCCCUUGUUUAUCUCGUGACACGGGUACGCGGUGCCAUUUUUUCGGUUAUCGGGCAAAGAGGACGGGACAGGCGAUAAAUACGAGCACCUGGCGUGAAAGUAUUUCUUUAAAUGAUACUUGUGUACGUGAUUCGUUGAAGAGUAUACGCGGGGUUGUAAACGGAGCGAGUCGUGGCCACGAUGGUGGCUGAGAUGCACGUUCGAUACUACAUAGACGGCAAAAUGGCAAUACCUGAUCGGUUGUCUACGUUCAACACACAUCCAAAUGCCUACGAUGGGUAUUACGGAGUAAGAUGUUUUAAAUGGCGGCUAAACGACGCAUGCGCAGUACCGCGCCGAUCCUGCACAACGAUUGGCCGUUACCGUAGCAACUGAUAUAAACUGUCAGUGGCCAUUUUAUCCGGCGUCUGUUGUGCAAGGUUAAACAGGAACACGUAAUUAUUAAAAAGGUCAGUCAUGCUGAAAAUAUUAUCGUUGCACGAUUUCGAUUCUCCUUCUUUUGAGGAGCAAGCAGCCGUUGGGUUUAUAGGAAAUAAUUUGCGCUAUUGUAAUUAUGAACAUUUGCAAGAUGAAUUGCAAACCUUUUUCAAAUAUAUACGACAAUAUCCAGAAGUUUCUAUCGCCCCGGAUAUUCUAGCUACGCGUGAAACGGCACGUACCGUUUGCGCUGAUGAUUUAUUUUUGCCAGUUCAUGAUAGUAUUUUUAAAAAACUUGCUAGCAUUUGGAGGGAAAAAGGCUUAGUUGAAGCUAUCUGUGUCGCUGCAUCCGCAGAACCAGAAGAAGUUACAACAGUUAUACAUUGGAUAGCCACAAGACUUAAGAAGGGGUUAGAUUUAUUGGACAAAGGAUUAUAUCAAAGAGAAAUUUUACCUACUUCUGGAACUGGAUCAGUUGCAGAUGUUGUUCACACGCGGGAUUGGGAAGCAUCUCUUAUCAGAUGUAUUUCCUGGCAUCCUCAUUGUCCACGGUUGGCAGUGGUUACAAGGGAUGACCGUAUACGCAUAUUUUCUCAGGGAAUACCAGUAGUGCCAGUAUUGAGGCACAGUGCUCAGAAAUCAGUUUGUUGCGUAAGCUGGAGACCUCUCGCUGGCAAGGAAUUGGCGGUAGCUUGUCAUGGAGGUGUUUUGGUUUGGACCAUAGAAUUAGGAGCAGCCAGUAACUCUCUUAGCCAUGCAGUGUUUCUGAAACAGCGCAAUCAUGCACCUGUAGUAAAUGUUACAUGGCACCCACAGGGCGAUCUGCUGGUAUCUUGUUCACCCGCAGACACCAGUAUGAUUGUCUGGGAUAUAUCCAGGAAGGAAGGUGUUCCAUUGAAGAGAGUAGGAGGUGGUGGUUUAUGCUUUACACGGUGGUCAUCCUGUGGCUCUCAUUUAUUAUCUGCUACAUGUAGAAAAAUAUUCAGAAUUUGGAAUACCGGAGUCGCAACCCCAUGGCAUGCGGAUAAAUGGACAGUACCUAACGGUCGUGUAGCAGCUGCGUGUUUUGGCCCAAAGUUAACCCUUCUAUUCGCGUCCACCGAAGAUCCUGCUACAGUUUUCUCUCUACCCUUACAAGAUAACAUCUUCGACGUCAAGAAAACAUCCUUUGACGAUGUGAAAAUGGCUGUACCCUUGAUAGACUUAACAAAAGUCAAUUUCUCAUCGGACGACGAUUACGUUACUGUCGGUGGAAGAAUAGUUGCUAUGGAAUGGGAUCCUACAGGAAGAUAUCUUGCUAUACUUUUCCAGGAUAGCCCCUGGAUUGCCUUAAUCAAAACCAAGGUCGGAAAGCUAUCUAGGGUGGUCGAAGUUAAACCAAGUUGCCUUAUUAAAGGAUUUACAGGCGAAGUUCCGAAUUGCAUGAAUUUUUAUCAGAAAUGCGACGACAAAUCCGGUAUAAUUUGUCUAACGAUCGCUUGGAGCAGUGGUCGUAUACAACAUUUUCCCAUAAUCGAGGAAGAAAGUACAGUUAACGUGAAAACAAAUUAUUCGUUAACGUCGCAUUCGUUUUCAUUACGGAACGACUCGUAUAAUUUCAAUUUAACCUCCACGUACUCUUAGCGUUGUUAAUUAACCUUUAAAUCGCAAUCUACAAAGAUU